CCUCCUCUUCACAACAUAACAGGGAUGUGGAUGAAGUUCGAUACCAUGUUUCAAAGGCUGGGUUCGUUUGGGAUUAUGAAUUAUGGAGGUUUCACGGAGAAACAUCAAUACCUUCAAAUGAAGAUAUAAACAUAGGUGUUGACGAGCAAGCACCCAAUACCUAUCAUGCGAUGAUUAUGGACGUUGCAGGUCCUCAGUUUGAUAUUGAGGACAUUGAGGACAUUGAAGAACUACCAAACUCCAAAGCAAAACAAUUUUAUGACAUGUUAGCUGCUGCUGAUAAAGAGUUAUGGCCCGGUUGCAAGAACCAUUCCCAAUUGUCUUUUGUGGCUCGUUUAAUGAGCUUGAAAUCAGAGAAUCACAUGUCAGAGAGGUGCUUCGAUCAGAUGAUAGAAUUAAUACAAGAGAUUUUGCCAGAAGAUAAUUUGGCUCCUGAUAACUUUUACGAGACAAAGAAACUACUUCGUGGCAUGGGAUUGCCUGUUGAGAAGAUAGACUGUUGUCCGAAUAACUGUAUGAUAUAUUGGAGAGAUGAUGCUGAAUUGGUUUGUUGCAAAUUUUGCAAUACUUCACGUUUCAAGGAGAACAAUGAAGAAUCUGAAAGUGGUAAACAGAAACAAGUACCAGCCAUGAAGAUGUACUACUUUCCACUGACUCCUCGAUUGCAGAGGCUAUACGCAUCUAAAGCUACGGCUAAUGAUAUGCGAUGGCCACUAACAGAAAUUAAGACAUAUACGCCUCUAAAUACAUUAAGAAAUCCCAGAUGGCAUGUCUUAAUUUUCCGUAGCUAA